AUGGCAUGUCCCGAAAGGUCCUCACCGAAACUGUUUGCCCGCGACAUUGCUGCUUACAGCGAUGCGGAACUGGACCGAUAUCUGGUCGAGCACGGAAGGAUCGUCAGUGUUGAGGACCCAGACAACCUUCCAGAUGAGUUCAUUCAGAGAUUAAGAGACCGGGCGCGCCGCCGAAGCGGAACAGUCGAGUCGCGCCCCGUGGAUCUUGAUAAAGUUACUGCCCUGCUCCAAGACCAAGUGCGUCGAUCGCCCUCCCUCCCAACCACGGCAUCACAAUCUCCAGAUCCAGAGGAGGAAUAUCAGGAGGAUCUACGACGCCAAACCGGGUACUAUAACAUGCUUGUUGAUGAUGGCGGCCGGCCUUCACAUCCACUGAGUAUGCUUGAGAGUAUUGUCGAGAACCCUAGAGAGUACCGCGAGAUCUUGUCAUUCUGGCAUACUAAAAAAUCGAACGGUGGAUGGAGGGUGUUUGACGUCCAAGUAAUGAGAUGGCGAGAUUUCCGUGCACUCCAGCGAUUCGCAAGGGGACAAAGAGGGUAUGAUUAUUGGCGAAGUCUCUGGGAUGAGGAAAGUGCGAAUUGGGCUUUUCACUCCCCUUGGAUGGCAGAGAUGGGAUAUUCUGAAAAGGACUGGCAGAAUUCAUGGCGACUAGAUCAGCAGCGUGAAAAUUAUGUGCAGCUCAGCACGUCGUACAUGUCAUGGCGACUAUUCGUCAAGUGCAAUGGGAAAAAAAUAGGCCAGUGCGGCUUUCCGGAGUAUGCUGAGGCGCUGAAAGAACGACUGGCAAGGCAUGGAUUUGAGCGGCCGUUCCAGCUCGACAAAGAUGCUACCCGACAGGACAAGAUGACGACCUGGAUCGAAUACCUUGCCUUUGAGUACUGGUGGUACGACUACUAUUUAGGCUCUGUCAGGACGCAUCAGGAACAGCACGACAAUGCUUGGACGAAGCUCGUUGACUCGGAAGUGCUGAGGCCCGAGGAGACGGAGGAGUCCAUAUGCGAUGUCGAAAACAAAUGUCGCAAUGCGAGCGAAUUUGGGACGGCCAAGAGGGCUAUGCAAUCCGCGACAUUAGCUGUGACCUCGGCGGAGACUGCCAUGGCUGAAUGGCAACAGUCCAAGCUCUCCAAACAGACACUUCAAAAUCGAUUGUCAAAAGCACGAUCCAGACUGGAGACGAUCCAGGCGGAAGUUGCGUCGCUCCAGAGACGCAGUGAUUGCCUUAUCGAAUUCAUUCAUCGGACAAGGGUUUACCGUACUGCCAAGAAAGAUGCUGAGCACCACGAGGUACUCUUGCGAUGGAUGCUUCAGCAGAUUCCCUUGAUCGAGGCCGAGCUGAAUCCGCCCAAUGCACCUGUAUCGGACAAGAGGGGCGGAAAGAACCUACGCAAACGCAGCCGCAAUCGAUCAGAAGAGCUCGAUCGAAUUUCCCAACAGCAGAGCCGUGGUGAAGGUGUGAGCGGCCGCGGCUCGGACCGACUUGCACCAGCGGAUGCCAGUUUCCAAGAACCACCCUCCAAGCGGUCAAGGCGUACUGCAAAUCAUGCAGAUAACGCACUUGAUAUCCAACCUAACGAACAUAACUCUAGCAAGCGACCAAGGCGCAUCGCGAGUCUCGCAGACAAGGCACUUGAUAUCCAACCCAGCGAACACACCUCUAAUAAUGCCCCUAAUAUCCAACCCAGCGAACACAACUCUAGCAAGCGACCAAGGCGCAUCGCGAGUCUCGCAGACAAGGCACCUGAUAUCCAACCCAGCGAACACACCCCCAGCAAGCGACCACGGCGCAUCACGACUCUCGCAUCCAACCCAGCAGCCGACCCAACUCCAGCCAAGCCCAAGCGACAACGCAACCCUCGAAAGAAAACGAACGGCCAAGUCUCUCCUCCUCCUUCUUCUUCUUCGCAGCAGCAGCAGCAGAAACAACAACAGUCCUCGCAGUCCUCGCAGCCCCUCCGCCGCAGCGCCAGAAUCGCAGAGCGAGAACGGAGACUGCGCGACGCCGCCGCAACGUCCAAAGCCACUGAGCCGGCACAGACACCGACGGCGCCGCCAUCGAAACGAUCGUCGGCAAAGAAGCGGGAAGCGGAGACUGAGGUGGCUGGUCCGCGUCUGAUAUGUAUGUGA